AUGGGACAGGACGCAUCCAUUCCAGGACAAGGCAAGAAGAAGAGUGGCGACAAAAAGAAGGAGAAGCCAAAGUAUGAACCACCUGCACAAACGAGAACAUUCGGCAGAAAGAAGAGAAAGAAUGGAUCAGACAAGAAUGCCAAGCUUCCCAGCGUCUUACCUAACACUAGAUGUAAAUUGAAGUUGUUAAGGUUGGAAAGAAUCAAGGAUCACCUUUUAUUGGAAGAGGAAUUUGUCACAAACCAGGAGCUUUUGCAACCGACGGAUCAAAGGCAAGUUGAGGAGAGGGAGAAGAUAGAUGAUGUGAGGGGAUCACCAAUGUCGAUCGGUACCUUAGAGGAAAUAAUAGAUGAUGAUCAUGCGAUUGUGUCGUCAUCGAGCGGACCAGAAUAUUACGUCUCUAUUUUAUCGUUUGUUGACAAAUCGCUACUUGAACCGGGGUGUCAAGUCCUAUUGCAUCACAAGACGGUGAGUAUAAUCGGUGCUUUACAAGAGGAGGCCGAUCCUAUGAUCAAUGUGAUGAAGAUGGACAAAUCGCCAACCGAGUCAUACUCUGACAUUGGUGGUUUGGAAAACCAAAUUCAAGAAAUCAAGGAGGCCGUUGAGUUACCGUUAACACAUCCUGAAUUGUACGAAGAAAUGGGUAUCAAGCCACCAAAGGGUGUCAUUCUAUAUGGUGCGCCAGGUACAGGUAAGACGUUACUAGCAAAGGCUGUUGCCAACCAGACCAGUGCCACGUUCUUGAGAAUUGUGGGAUCGGAGUUGAUCCAGAAGUACUUGGGCGAUGGUCCAAGGCUGUGUAGACAGCUAUUCAAGGUUGCCUCUGAAAACGCCCCAUCCAUUGUUUUCAUCGACGAGAUUGAUGCAAUUGGUACCAAGCGUUAUGAAUCGUCCUCCGGUGGUGAAAGAGAAGUUCAGAGAACCAUGUUGGAGUUGUUGAACCAGUUGGACGGUUUCGAUGAUAGAGGAGAUGUCAAGGUUAUAAUGGCCACAAAUAAGAUUGAGAGCUUAGAUCCGGCGUUGAUUAGACCAGGUAGAAUUGACCGUAAGAUUCUUUUUGAGAACCCCGAUCCUACGACGAAGAAGAAGAUUCUACAGAUCCACACAUCCAGGAUGAACAUAUCUGGCGACGUCAACCUAGAUGACAUAGUCAGCACCAAAGAUGAUUUGAGUGGGGCUGAUAUCAAGGCUAUAUGUACUGAAGCUGGUCUUUUGGCUUUGAGGGAAAGAAGAAUGCAAGUGAUUGCUGAGGAUUUCAAGCAAGCCAAGGAGAGAGUGCUGAAGAACAAGAUUGAGGAGAACCUUGAAGGCCUAUAUAUGUAG